AUGCAGAAUGAGAAGGGAAUUUUGCAAUUUGUUUUUGCUGCUAGUACUGGUAUGGGAUCUAACAAUAAAGCAGAAUUGAUGGCUUUAUUGCUUGGCCUUCGUAAGUGUAAGGAGUUGGGAUUUAGUAAUGUGGUAGUUGAGAUGGACUCGUUGUUGGUUAUCACCUUGUUGAGGGCGGGUAGGUGCAGCUUAUGGUAUUUGGAUGACUUUUGGGAGGAAAUACAGAGUUUGAUUUUGGUCCUUAAUAUUCAGAUUCUGCAUGUAUUUAGGGAAGCCAACGCUGCAGCUGAUUACCUUGCUCGUCUUGGUGGUAGCGGCUGCAAUUAA